GAUACAUCAAUCGGAUCAGCUUCCUAAGGAGGGUAAAAAGAUUGAUUAGAACAGCAGAAUUACAAAGGGAAAAGAACGCAAGAAAUGAGAAUGACUGCUGAUAGUAGAUGAAACAAUACGCACACUGGCUAAGAUGCAGGCUAAUGACUGCAUCUGAUUUCUGGCUAAUGAGUCACCAAUAAAAGCCAUGGACUUUCCUCUAACAAUCUCCAAGAACUGAGAUACAUUAAACCGGGGUAGCUCGCAGCCAUGAGGCUUCCACCUCCAUUUCAAAAACUCAGUAUCUGGACGUCCAAACUUCAUGCAAUUUUGUCGAUCGUCAAUCUCGCACUUGCUGGCAUUUGUAAAGUAAGGCCCUUCAGGAGAAGGAAUCCACUCUCCAGCAAACAAAUCGCAUUGUGCUCCUGACAUUGGACCGGCUGAAUCACUAACAUUCUGAUCACUUGACGGCAAUGCACUACGGUGGAAGUUUAUCAUCUUAUUCUGCCAUGAGGUGAAAGGAUUGCAGUACCGGCUAAUUAGGACGGUACAGAACAGAAGAAGGAGCAGUAAAGUGAUCUGUCUCUUUGAACCAUAAGUUGAGAAAAAUUUUCCAUCGAGAAGUGCCAUUAUGGCAUUAUAUUAUCCUUCUCUAUAUAUAAAAGCCUGCAUAUAUACAUAAUGAAGUCAUAACACACUGCAGCUUAAUUACGUGUUCUUUUCCAUAGCCUGUUGAUUUGUUGGCAUUAGUAUUGUUCUUGUUAGGAUGAUCAUUUCAAACUUAUCACAGCAGUGUAACCGAACACAUGUAACAACUUUCGAAGUGGAGAGCAAAAAAAUCUCUGCAAUCAUCAGCUCUUGGCAUCUAAGUUACUUCUCUACCCAAGAUCUUACAAAUUGACAAACCAGUUAAAAUGGUUGCAGUAAAUGGUUCCUUUACAAGAAGCAGCUUAACUGUCAUCUCAUCCACAUCAACCGAUUUACCACGUAGAAAUUCUACUACAUGAUAGGUUCUUGGCUUCUGGUAGACUGGGACAACAAUUUGCUACCAUCAAGCCGGAAAGGAGUAGGGACAAAAACCAUUCCUUGCUUUGAGUAAAAGGGUCGUAUACAGCAGCUAGAGGUUAGUUCAGAAUUUGGGUAUUGGCAAUGGAAUUCAGCAAAGCAAAGGAUCAUUAUUUCAUUUGAUUCUUCUUCUUCCAUUUUACUACAUAAACAACACCCAUCUUUUCUUUCCUUCCAAAUAUGUCAUAUCUUAGUCUUCACGGAUCUUUGCAACAAAACACCAUUCCUCCAAACCACAACUUUAUAAAAAGAAGAAACAAAAAAAGAAACCCACAUUGCGUCCCAACAUCACUUCCUAUUGAAUCAUCAUCCCCACCAUAUCACCAAUUGUCAAAGUUCUUCUCAAUCUCUGAAUCCAUUCAAGCAAAAAUUCCGAAGCGUUAAAUCACUCUGUGAAGCCGCUCGCCAGACCAAUUGAGAAUUCAUUAGUAAUCAAAUUGUCUUUGGCGGAAAUACAGAUGCUUCUCCGAAAUUAUGGCUAGCAGCGGCGGUGACGUGGCAACGUUACACGGUUAAGGUAACAAUAACAAAGACCGGAAAUAUGGUGAUUAAGAAAGUCAGACGAAAAGUCGUCGCUAUCGUGACGAAGCCUUUCAAGAAGAAACUUAUAAAACCCCCAAACCAAUCGCCACCGCCUUCUUCGGUAGCUCCUCCACCGCUUCCGCCACCAGUUCCGACGUCGCCGCCGAUAAAAAUGGAGCAUCAACAACAACCUUUCCUGUUCCCCACAACCCAAUCCGCCGUUCUCCCUGAUCCCUCCAAAUUCUUCGCCCAAAAUCUCCUCCGUGCACCACUUCCCACAAACUCUUUCUUCCAGAAUUUUGUUCUCAAGAAUGGCGACCAGCCGGAAUACAUUCAUCCGUAUCUAAUCAAAUCGUUCCUUUCCACGCUUUCCAUCUGUUACCCAUCUAUAUCCCAAAACGCUAAGUUCCUUUACCAAGUGUUUAAUCCUGAUCUCUCCAUUUCAACCGUGAAUAAUCCCAACCCAAGUGCCACUCAUGAAAUUUCUGCUUUCAAUGACCUUAGUGUCACACUGGAUUAUCCCUCCAGCAAUUUGCGUUUCUAUCUUGUAAGGGGAAGCCCUUUCUUGACUUGCGAGGUUAUAGGUAAUGCAUCAAUCUCAAUUUCAACCAUUCAUGCUAUUCUGCAUUUGUCAUUCAAUCCUACUCGUACCAAGUAUACCAUUAAGCUCAAUAACAAUCAGACUUGGGUGUUGUAUGCUUCUUCACCCAUCCAUUUGGAUCAGAAUGGUGUUUCUUCAAUUACUACUGCUUGUGAGUUUUGUGGGAUAAUUAGGAUAGCUGCUUUGCCUGAUUGUGACCCAGUUACAGAGGCGACUCUUGAUCGCUUCAGUUCUUGUUAUCCUUUGAGUGGUAGUGCCCUUUUUAGUAGGCCAUUCUCUGUGGAAUACAGAUGGGAGAAAAAGGGAUGGGGCGAUUUGCUAAUGCUUGCACAUCCCCUGCAUCUUAAGCUUCUUUCUGAUGCUGAUUGUUGUUUUGCCUUGUUGGAGAACAUUAAGUAUAAAAGCAUUGAUGGAGACCUUGUGGGAGUUGUGGCGGAUUCGUGGGUUUUGAAGAGUGAUCCUAUUUCUGUGACUUGGCAUUCAAUUAAAGGUGUUAAGGAGGAAUCGCAAGAAGAGAUAAUAGCUGCCCUUGUUAAGGAUGUUGAGGCUCUAAGCACAACUCCAAUUACCACGACUUCUUCUUAUUUUUAUGGGAAGUUAGUUGCCAGAGCUGCAAGGUUAGCUUUGAUUGCUGAAGAGGUUUCUUACCCUGAUGUUAUCCCGGCUAUUAGGAAGUUCUUGAAGGAUUCAAUUGAACCAUGGUUAGACGGGACUCUGGGUGCUAAUGGUUUUCUGUAUGAUUCAAAAUGGGGUGGAAUUGUGACUAAACAAGGGUCACUGGAUUCUGGAGCUGAUUUUGGCUUUGGACUUUACAAUGAUCACCACUAUCAUCUUGGCUAUUUCACUUAUGCAAUUUCUGUGCUCGCAAAGAUUGAUCAUUGUUGGGGAAGGAAGUACAGACCAAAGGCUUACUCAUUGAUGGCAGACUAUAUGAGUUUAAGCAGAAGAGCAGAUUCAAGUUACACCCGUGUGAGAAGUUUUGAUUUUUGGCUGUUGCAUUCUUGGGCUGGAGGAUUGACAGAAUUUGCAGAUGGCCGGAAUCAGGAAAGCACGAGUGAGGCAAUAAGCGCUUACUAUUCAGCAGCUUUAAUGGGAUUGGCUUAUGGAGACACCCACCUUGUUGCCACUGGUUCAACUCUUGCAGCCUUUGAGAUUCACUCGGCACAAACUUGGUGGCAUGUGAGGGAGGAUGAUACUCUGUAUGGGAAUGCAUUUACGGAAGAGAACAGAGUUUUGGGUAUGGUAUGGGCUAACAAGAGGGACAGCGGACUUUGGUUUGCACCACCUGAAUGGCGAGAAUGUAGGCUAGGAAUCCAGGUGCUGCCCCUGUUGCCUAUUACUGAGAUUGUGUUCUCUGAUGUUCAGUAUACAAGACAGCUAGUUAGAUGGACUCUGCCAGCUCUGGUAAGGGAAGGAGUUGGAGAAGGAUGGAAGGGAUUUGUCUUUGCCUUGGAAGGCAUUUACGACAGAGAAGGUGCACUGGAGAAUAUCAGGAAUCUCGAGGGAUAUGAUGAUGGAGAUUCACUCACCAACCUUUUAUGGUGGAUUCACAGUAGAGAUGAUGGAGACCAUGGUCACGGGAGGGAAGGAAGAUUCUGCUGGUAUAGGCAUGAUGAGCUCUGA